AACAGCAGUCGGAUAACACCGACGUCAUCAGCUGCGCUAGACGUUCAACCAAUCAGAUUUGACGUUCGUCCCGCGUCUCCUGGCGUCUCCUCCAUCAGCUCCUUCUCCAGGCUCUGGGAAAGUUUCCUCAGCUUGUGUUGUUUGGUUUUGUGGGCUGAAGCCAACGGUAUUUUCUGCCAUAUUGUGCGUCCUGAGGACAUAAACAUAAACAUGGUCCAGGCUAAGUCAUGGAUUCUCACCAAGCUCUUCGACGGCAUCCCGAAGGACAGCGACUUCAAACUGGAGGUGGAGGAGCUCCCUGAGCCUAAAGAUGGAGAGGUACUUUUGGAGUCCGUUUAUCUCAGUGUGGAUCCAUACAUGAGGGCUUUCUGCAGCUUCAGGAUGAAGGAAGGAGACCGGAUGAUCGGAACUCAAGUGUCCAAGGUGAUCCAAAGUAAGAACCCAGCGUUUCCCGUGGGAAUCCAUGUUCUGAGUAAUUUUGGUUGGAGAACCCACGCCGUCUCCGACGGGACCGGCCUCACUCCCAUCAUGCCUGACUGGCCGCAGGAUGUCUCACUGUCUCUGGCUCUGGGUGCCAUUGGCAUGCCAGGACUGACGGCGUUGUACGGGAUAGAAGAGGUCCUGGGGCUGCAGGAGGGCGAGACUCUGCUGGUGAACGCUGCAGCUGGAGCUGUGGGCUUGGUGGUGGGACAGAUAGCCAAGAUCAAAGGCUGUAAGGUGGUGGGUUCAACUGGCUCUGAUGCUAAAGUGGCUUACCUGAAGGAGCUCGGAUUUGACGAGGCUUUCAACUACAAAACCGUGGCUUCCCUGGACGAAGCUCUGAGAAAAGCCUCGCCUGAUGGAUAUGACUGCCUGUUUGAAAACGUUGGAGGUUAUUUUUCAACAGUUGCCCUUCAACACAUGAAGAACUUUGGAAGAAUCGCCGUGUGCGGAAGCAUCUCUGUGUACAACGACAGCACACCUCAAACCGGCCCGUACCCACACCUGACCAUGAUCUUCAAGCAGCUAAAGAUGGAGGGUUUCAUGCAGGGCAGGUGGCAACACAAACACCCUGAAAGCCUCAAGAGGCUGAUGGCGUGGUUUAAAGAGGGGAAGCUGCAGUGUCGGGAGCACAUCACUAAGGGAUUUGAAAAAAUGCCAGCUGCUUUUAUUGGGAUGCUGCAGGGAGAAAACAUCGGAAAGGCCAUCAUCGCAGUCUGAUGUCCUCCUAACACAACGGAGAAACAACCAUAAAACGCUCCAAGAAGGAUCGUAUCAUUGUGAUGUUUUAGGUUUUUUACCCAGUUUCUGUGAUGUACUGGAUGUAGCAAUAGAACAGCUUUGUGUUACACACAUAGGAUUUACAGCAUUACUUCAUUUUAAUAAAGCAGUAAAAUCCUAGCCUAGUGAACUAGACCAAAUUCUUGCUUUGCAAAGAUUGUCCAGUGGAAUGCGGAGAUCAUUUGAAAGAACGGUAGAACCCGCCCCACAACCGAGAGCCGUCAAUGGAGCAUGGCCAGACUAAAUAAUACAUGUAUUUAGUCUGGCUUGCCAGGCUAGUAAAAUCCAAGACAUAUAAGAACAUUAUUUCUGCUAAGUACCUGGACCACAACUACAUAUAAAUCUCCCAGAUUCUCCAGCCUAUACCUCAAAAAGCAGUCUGUGUACUGUUGUAGUAUUUCUACAUUGCAUACUAACACAAAUAACUGAAGGAUGUGUUUGUAUAGAAAAUAAAUGAUUCUUUCUGUAUCUUUCA